AUGAGUGUUAAUUCAUUUGAAAUUUUACCUAACGAUAUUCUUUUUGAAAUUUUUGCUUAUUUGUCUCCAGUUGAUAUUCUUCAAUCAUUGUUUUUAUUGACUAAACGUUUAUCAAGAAUCAUAUCAAAUGAAUAUUUAUGGAACAUUCAUAUUGGUGAUACAACAAUGUCAUUAUUGAUGUUUAAUGAUCAAUGUCAAAAUAUCUUAAAACUAAUAGGUAAUCGGGUUGUUUCAUUACGUCUAACAUUAAUUGAUAUUAUUGGUGGAUGGUCACUCGUUUCAUCUUAUCUUCAGUAUCAUCAGAUAUCAUUACUUCAACGUUUACAUCUGAUUGGCAUCGAACCACAUGAAUUUGAUAAAUUAUUGCGUAAUCACGUAAUAAGACACUUACAUACUUUAUUAGUUGAUGUGACACCAUCUAGUUCGUUUAAAUGUCUUCAAGUUGAAGGAGUUUAUUUAGCUAAGGUGUGUUCAAGAAUGCCUCUUCUAAAAAUUUGUCGACUUUCUUUUGAUCAUAAUUAUAAGAAUGUUAAUCAAAUAGAAAAUGGUUCAUUAGAAUAUCAAAUAACUUUACCGAAUUUAUUAAAAACAAAUCAUCUUCGCACAUUGACUAUUGGUAUACAUACGUCAUAUUUUCUCGAGCGUUUACUAUUAUGUAUACCAUUCAUUGAGAAUCUUUCUUUCAGUAUAAAAGAUCGAGAUAGUGAUGAGUAUGAUACACAUGAUACAAUCUUAUUGCCUACUAGUAUUGAUACUCAUCAUCUUCGAUAUCUAUCUCGUCUACGUAUUAAUUGUAUGAAUAGCAUAAGUUUUCAUCGAAUUAUUGCACUUUUAUCAUCUGUCUUCCGUGAACUUUGUCGUUUGUCAUUAAAAUUAGAAGCAUUUACAUCAAUAUCUGAUCCAUUGACUAUAUCAGGUGACAUUAUUCAACAAUUGUGUAUUGAUCGUCUCCAACCAACGGCAACUUAUAUUCUUAAUCUAUUAUUAUACGUUUUGGAUGACAUUGAAGAAAAAAUAAUUUUCAAUUCAUUUUUUAAAGUUCCAUUUAUUCAUCGACAGCUACCGAGAGUGUUCAUUCAAGAACUUGAUGAUCGAGAUUUCGGUUCUAUAUAUCAUUCUUUUAGGAUAUAUACUUUACCACAUAAUGACACAAUUCUUUCAUCAUACAUGUUCUCUAAAAAUUUUGAAAAGUCUUGUCAAAUGCCGAUUAAUCCAUUAAAUCUAUUUCCACGCGCUCAUUCAUUAUCUCUACGUGGUUAUAAGAGGAACAAUUCUGUUCGAGAACUCGGUAACUGUAGAAGUUCUAUAUCAUCAUUGGUUCCAUGGUCAUCUAUAACAAAUAUUUCAAUCAAUCAUAGUAAUGUUCUUACUCCGGUCACAUUAGAAUCAAUAUUACGAAUGGCUUAUAAUGCACACACACUAGAUUUGUUUGAUCAUAGAGGAAUUUUACUUCGUCCAAUAUUAAAUAAUUAUAAUCUCACAACUCUUAUCAAUCAACAAAUAAAAUCAUUUGAGAUCUUCGAUAUAUCAUUGACAUUGCAAAAUGCUCAACGAAUUUGUACAUUAUUGUCGAAUCGAUUAUCUAACUUAAAGAAACUUUCAUUUUCUAUUUGUGAUGGAUAUGAUCGAUGGCGAUGGCAACCAUCUUGUAUUGUUGAUGGGAAAAACAAAUCUACAAAACGUAUUGUUACUCUUAUUUAUCUGCUUGUUGAUCAAUUACAAAAACUUGUUUCGCUACGUAUCACCUUUUCCAAUUCGAGAUACUCUGAUACACCUUGUUUUCCACAUUUAAUUCGACGACAAUUGCAUCAUUAUCCACUUAAUCAACCAUUUCGAUUAGGAGUUACUUCCAAUAAAAUUCAUAUUUGGCUUUAA